AUGGCCGCGCGCCCGGGGCCCCUGUGGCUCCUGGGCCUGGCUCUGUGCGCGCUGGGCGGCGGCCCCGGCCCGCGACCCCCGCACGGCUGUCCCCAGCGUUCCCUGGGCGCGCGCGAGCGCCGCGACAUGCAGCGCGAGAUCCUGGCGGUGCUCGGGCUGCCCGGGCGGCCCCGACCCCGCGCGCAGCCCGCCGCCGCGCGGCUGCCCGCGUCCGCGCCUCUCUUCAUGCUGGACCUCUACCACGCCAUGGCCGGCGACGACGACGACGACGGCGGCACCCCCGAGCGGCGCCCGGGCCGCGCCGACCUGGUCAUGAGCUUCGUCAACGUGGUGGAGCGAGACCGAGGCCUGGGCUUCCAGGAGCCCCACUGGAAGGAGUUCCACUUCGACCUGACCCAGAUUCCUGCCGGGGAGGCGGUGACAGUUGCUGAGUUCCGGAUUUAUAAGGUGCCCAGCACCCACCUGUUCAACACAACCCUCCAUGUCAGCGUGUUCGAGGUGGUCCAGGAGCACCUCAACAGGGAGUCUGACUUGUUCUUUUUGGAUCUUCAGACGCUCCGCGCUGGGGAUGAGGGCUGGCUGGUGCUGGACAUCACGGCAGCCAGUGACCGCUGGUUGCUGAACCGCAACAAGGACCUGGGACUCCGCCUCUGUGUGGAAGCUGAGGAUGGGCACAGCGUGGAUCCUGGCGUGGCCGGUCUGCUGGGGCAACGGGCUCCACGCUCCCGACAGCCGUUCAUGGUCACCUUCUUCAGGGCCAGCUCCAGUCCUGCCCGGGCCCCGAGGGCAGCAAGACCCCUGAAGAGGAGGCAACCCAAAAAGCCCAAUGAGCUGCCGCACCCCAACAAACUCCCAGGGAUCUUUGAUGACCGUCACGGCUCCCACGGGCGGCAGGUUUGCCGUCGGCACGAGCUGUAUGUCAGCUUCCAGGACCUCGGCUGGCUGGACUGGGUCAUCGCUCCCCAGGGCUACUCAGCCUAUUACUGUGAGGGCGAGUGCUCCUUCCCGCUGGACUCCUGUAUGAACGCCACCAACCACGCCAUCCUGCAGUCCCUGGUCAGUACUUCGCUGGGCUGUGGGGAGCUGUGGGGAGUGCACCUGAUGAAGCCAGACACGGUCCCCAAGGCAUGCUGUGCGCCCACCAAGCUGAGUGCCACCUCCGUGCUCUACUAUGACAGCAGCAACAACGUCAUCCUACGCAAGCACCGCAACAUGGUGGUCAAGGCCUGUGGCUGCCACUGAGGCCCAGAGGCCCCACUGACCCGCUGGCCCUGGGCCAGCCUCCCCUCCCAGCAGGCAGGCCCCUCUCAGAGGCAGGAAACCUUCAGGCAGAGGUGAUGCGGGGCCCUCUCGCUCCCUGUUCACUUCAUGCUAGGCUUAUCUUUUCCAAGCCACCUUUCUGCACCCGUGAGGUGUAGAGCAAUUGUGUUCUCCCACCCCCACCUCAGCCUGAAUACCUGGGGCAGCUCAUAGUUGUGCUGGCAAGUGCUGUCUGGGGUCGGUGCUUAAGUCCUACACUAGGAUCUGACUGUGAACAUCCCUGGCCCAGACUGUGGCCAACACUAGCUGGUCUAGGGUGCCCCCUGGAGCCUUAGGCUGGAGGAUCUAAACUCUGAGCCAUUCACCACCAGUCUGAGCAUGGGCUGAAGGGCUCCAUCCUUUCCCACACGUACAUUUGGGCAUUUUUGAGGCAUAAUGAGACAUGCGCAAGUUGCCAGAAUGGUGUGCUAUUGGAUUCCUCUAACUUGAUUGGAUCAGCAAGCUGUCUGGGCCUUAUGACUCAAGGCGUAGCCAGUAGGGAUGUCUUCCCUUGCCCCGAGAGCUCCCUUCUGCUGCCUGGGGAAGAGAUGUGACCCCUCCCCCAGAGAUGCCAAGAAGUUUGGGGGCUCAUGGUUCCUUCCACCACCUCUCCAUACUGAUCC